AUGGCGGCUAAGAUGGAGAUAACUUUGAGCUCUCAGUCCCACAUUCAGGCUUCCAACAAGCCAGAGAGACACAUAAUAACAAAGCUGGAAGACAAACGGGAACCCGCUCUGCAAAAAGACCGCCCCGAUCCUGAGCUCUCCCGUCAGAGCUUUCGACGGUUUUGUUAUCAAGAGGUGUCUGGACCCCAAGAGGCACUCUCCCGGCUCCAGCAGCUCUGCCGGCAGUGGCUGCAGCCCGAGCGGCACACGAAGGAACAGAUUUUGGAGCUGCUAGUGUUGGAGCAGUUCCUGAACAUCCUGCCUCCGGAGAUCCAGGCUCGGGUCAGGCAUCGAUGUCCAAUGAGCAGCAAGGAGAUUGUGACCCUGGUGGAAGAUUUUCAAAGAGCAGCCAAGAGACCAAAGCAGUGGGUGGCCGUUUGUAUGCAGGGGCAGAAGGUGCUCUUGGAGAAGACUGGAUCUCAGCUUGGAGAACAGGAACUGCCAGACUUUCAACUGCAAACUCCUAGGAGGUAUCCCAGGGAGAGCUCUCUGGAGGAGCCAUCCCAGGCAGGAUCUCAAGAUCAGCUGAGCUCUCAUCAUUGGGAAAAAUCCCCACUCCUUCAGGAACCAAGCCCCAAAUUGGCUGGCACAGAGGCCCCCAGAAUGAAAAGUGACAACAAGGAAAAUCCACAGCCAGAGGGGGCUAAAGGAGGAAAGCCAUGUGCAGUGUCCCCUGGCAGAUCCAAAGGGAAUGGUCUGCAGAGUCCUGAACCGAGAGGGGCGAAUAUGAAUGAACCCCGGUUGUCACGGAGGCAGGUCAGCCCCCCGAAUGCUCAGAAGCCAUUCGCUCACUACCAGAGACAUUGCAGGGAACUGGAAUACAUCAGCAGCCCCCUGAAAAGCCACCCACUGAGAGAGCUGAAGAAAAGCAAAGGAAGCAAAAGGAGCCUGAGCAGUCGUUUGCAGCGUCUUGGUCACCAGCCGACCCGCUCAGCAAAGAAGCCUUACAAAUGUGAUGACUGUGGGAAAAGCUUCACGUGGAAUUCGGAGCUGAAAAGACACAAGCGUGUACACACAGGGGAGAGGCCCUACACAUGCGGAGAAUGUGGGAACUGCUUUGGGCGCCAGUCAACCCUGAAACUGCACCAGAGGAUCCACACUGGGGAGAAGCCGUACCAGUGCAGCCAGUGUGGGAAAAGCUUUCGCCAGAGCUCAAACCUCCACCAGCACCACAGACUCCACCAUGGGGACUGAAAGCAGGGCUUCGUUCUCUCUGUUCAUAAGGAAGGCAUCUGUGUUUCUCCUUCCCCUUACUUGCAUGUAAAUCACAGACUGUCUGUGUGACUUACAAGGAAAGCAAGAAGUCCCUGAGGAAUGCUGGUGCACUUUUGGCUACUGAGGAGUCCCAGAAGACACCAAGGGGGAUGUGAUCCUGUCGGUGACAGAGUGAAGAGAUGGCAG